AUGGAUCAAAGCGAGGAGCGACCGUAUGCGCUUAGCGUCGUGCGUCUUUCCUUCCAUCCCGACCAUCGCGAUAAAAUAGACACCUCUGAACAAUGGUACAAAGUUAUGGACACGAUCAAACACCAGCUCAAUUUUGGCUAUGUUUGUAAAGGAGAAUCGAUUGAUGAUGAACUUGAUGUCGUUCUGAUUAUUGCCUGGGAAAAUGGCGCUAGACCACCAGCCGCUUUCCUCUCAGGAAAUCUCGAUUGUAUUUUCGAGCCCCUCAGCCGUUUUGUCGCCAAGAAGCCUCAAAUUAUGGUUACCCUCUAUCGUAGGAUGCGGGGACAUAAUAUUAGAGAAUUCACCACUCGCGGAGCCGGUAUGCAGUUCAUGGCGGAAAUCAUGACAAUUCGAGGACCAGUCCAUGUAAUCGAGCCCGCCUUGAGGGAAAUCGAGAGCGAUAUCCGAAGUUACUUAGACACGCAAAUGAUUGCAUUUGAUUUCUACGAUAUUACGGAUUCCUCUUUGAUGCAUGGGUCUCUUUUCCAUGUGGGUGAUGAUUGUAAGGAACACUCUGGUGAAGAUGAAGUCAGCUUCGUUUUCCAUUUAGAGUGGCGGGGCCAAGAACAGCGCAAGGAAUUCCACGAUGCUGAUAUCCCCGAUCGCGCUCUACCCCCCCACUUACAAGAGCACUUUCCAAGCAAUUUCUGGCAAGAAACUGUUGUCGAACGACUGGAGAAAGUGGGCGCUACCGCUUCGUCAUGGACUUAUCACAAGGGAGAGAUUGCCCGUGACGAGAAGGAUAAAGAGGUAAAGUCAGCUAGUUUCAUAAGGCCGCUUAGGCCCCCGUCAUACGCACUCGAGUUAACCUAUGUCUACAUGUACCUACCUGCCUCUAGUAUCCAUCCAUGGACGACAGUAGUGGCGAGCUGUAACGUAUAUGCCAUCAGCAAACUGAAAUCCCAUCUCCAAAUUCUUGCUUGGUGCUACCUACUAAAUAUCUAA